UGAAGGUCUUGGUUCUGCCCCACCCGCCCCAAUAGUUGCUCGCUGUCCCUUGUAUUUUCUCCAUUAUGGGUCUUAGCUCCGGUCUCCUAGCUCCUCCCGUUUACUCAGGAUCUCAAUUUCUGGCCUGUCUAUGGUUCUUGCCGUCUCGCCUAUUCACUUUCCCCGGUCAAAAUGACCGUAACAUGCAUGGGCUUACACUCUUGGUGUCUCCAUAAUCCAGCAGCAGCUUGCAUCGUUUGUGUGCAAGAUUAUCAGCAAGCGAGGGGGAAAAGUAAAAUCGAAACAAAAGAAACACCAUCUAUCUCAGAUCAAAUGAUCAUCCCCGCGGGUGUCGUUUUGUUGCGUCCGCCGCAUCUCCUUGAAACGAGGCACCACCCACUCGAGGAACUGGCUCUCCGGAAACCCCUGGGCCUGCUAUUCCGUCCGUGUGAGGCGAGGUCGCCCAAAGACCUGCUUGCCGUCUAUGCGCGCGCUGGGCUGGUUUUCUUCUCUUCUUACUUCGUCCUGUUCACUCGUCCGCUCGUUUCUUUUGGGGCAAGGGCUAGAGGCUCUUUCGUUCCUUUUGGACGGUUCUUCAUUUCUUUGUGGGAGAUACUGGGCUUGGUGAGCAGCCGGUGACUCUUCUUAGACUUUGCAAGUCUUAUAUUAUGUUCUUCUGAUUUUGAGUCUCAAAUUGCCUCUUCCUUUCAUUGACUAAGACCUUGUUUCCUGUGAGGCAUUGAGUGCCCCUACGAUCAUUUCCAGCAUUCACCCUCUUUAAAACCCACUAAGGCUGUCGCCAUCAAGCAGUGAAUAAAGACAGCUUAUUCAACCCUCUCU